GAUCGUCGACUGACUUUUAUGUCCUUCGGAGCAGGGAAAAGUACGUGACGCGCGCCGAGUACGAUGACCUCAAAGCCAGAUUUGACCACCUGGAAGCGAGCGUUGCACGGAUCUUGCCCUCCUUCUCCGCUCCCCUUCACCCGGGUGCCGUAUCGCCCACCAUGCCACUGGCCUCAACCUCUGCCCCGGAGUCCGCGCAGCAGCAGCAGCAACAACACACUCCCGUCAUCUCUCCCUAUCGCACCCAAGGGCCCGCCGCUUCUCCCGGCUAUCGCAUAACGUCCCCGCAGGCCUCCGUCCGAGGCGAGCUGCCCUUCCCCGCAGCACCACCACCACCACCACCACCACCACCACCCUCCUCCUCCUCGGCGAGCCUGCCUCCGCGCAGCCCACAGACGCAGUACCGCAUCGUGCCCCCGCCGUACGCCCAGCCCCGCGCGCCACCGCCCCGCGCGCCGUCGCCGGGCCCGCCGCUGAGCUCGAGCUCGCGCCUGCCCGACACGCGCCUCCCGCACCCGCGCCGCGCCUCGCUGUCGCUCGCGGCGAUCACGACGCCGUACGUGCCCGCAGAGGGCGCCGGCAGCGGCGGCGGAGGUAGUAGCGGCGGCGGAGGUAGCGGAGGAGGUGGUGGCGGAGGAGGAGGAGGAGGAGGAGGAGGAGGAGGAGGAGGAGGAGGAGGCGGCGGCGCACCCACCGCCUACACAACAUCCCCGGCGCCGCCAAAAAAUCACCGAGCGCAGACGCCACCGCUGCUGGGCCAGCGUCUGCGCCAGGCGUCGGCACCACUCUCAGGCCCAGCCGCAGGACUCCGCCGCCACCGCCGCCGGCGCAGCAGCAGCAGCAGCACCACCAGCGCCAGCGCCAGCACCAGCACCAGCAGCACCAGCUUCAACAGCACCAGCAGCAGCACCAGCAACCGCUGUCGUAUCGUCAUGGCACCGGACAGAGCGAGGAAUCCGAGGUGGUGCCGGAUCUGCCCCCGUCGCCACACACGCCGCCUGCCGUGGGCGACGUGCCGGUGCCAAGGCCGCGACGAUCCCCGUUCCCUCCUCGACCGCAGCACACUCGCUAUCCUGGGCAGUCGUACCGCGACACUCGGCACGAGCAGCCAUGACGGACCCGGCGUGUGUCCAGGACGGGGCGGCAUGGGGGGGGGGGGGCCCUAG